AUGGGAAUGAAACAGACGGUUGGCAUCGGCAUCAUCGGCAUGGGAUGGAUGGGCAUGACGCACGCCCGCGCAUAUCAUCAGAUCUGCGACCGGUUCCACGACAGUCCCCUCCAGCCCAGACUUAUUAUCUGUGCAGAUGAUGUCGUCGAACGCACAACCGAGGCAAAAACACGUUUUGGAUUUGAACGCACAACCACCGACUACCGACACGUCAUAGAAGACGCAAACGUACAGGUCGUCAAUAUCGCCGCACCGAAUAGCAUGCACCUUGAGAUCGUCGAAGCAGCGACAUCUGCGGGGAAACACGUCUUCUGUGAAAAACCUGUCGGACGGAACCCGGCUGAAACGAAGGCAAUCUAUGCCGCUGCACAGCGCGCGGGGGUACUCACCUGUGUCGGCUAUAACUACAGAUGGGCACCCGUCGUUCAAUACGCGCGUCAACUGAUUUCAGAAGGAAAACUCGGCACCUUAACCCACUAUCGCGGUAGAUUCUUUGCUGGCUACGCGAGUCAUCCACGCGCAGUCCUUUCAUGGCGAUUUCAGAAGGAGAUCGCUGGAUUGGGAACAUUGGGGGAUUUGCUUUCUCACGUCAUCGACAUGGCGCACUUCAUUGUCGGUGGCAUCGACAGCGUCGUCUCACAACAAGAGACGUUCAUUCCGGAACGUCCUGCGGCAACAGCAGGGACCGGCACACACUUCACCCUCGGUGCAGAUGGCGAAAUGGAUGCCGUCACGAACGAAGAUUACGUCGGAGCGUUAGUCCGAUUCGGAAACGGUGCCAGAGGCACACUGGAAGCGUGUAGAAUUAUCACCGGACCGAAGUGUGAAAUGGCGUUUGAGGUGCAUGGUACAAACGGUGCCUUGCGCUGGAACUUUGAGCAAAUGAACGAACUUGAGGUGUACCUACCUACUGAAGACGGUUACCCUGAUGGAUACACCCGCGUAUUAAGCGGUCCGAGCCACCCGUUUCACAACUAUUUUAAUCCCGGUCCCGGUGUCGGAUUAGGCUACGACGACCUGAAGACAAUUGAGAUCCACCAGUUUUUGCAAGCCAUUCACACAGGAAAACAGGGAAAUCCAAGUUUCCGAGAAGCCGCUGCGGUCGCCGAUGUGCAAACUGCCAUCCAAACCUCAUGGGAGGAGGAUCGGUGGAUCUCAGUUUAA